AUGGCGGAUGCAGCGGCCAACCAAUACUGGUGUCACAUGUGUAGUCGCAUGGUCAAUCCAGUCAUGGAACCCGAAGUCAAAUGCCCCAUCUGCGAGAGUGGGUUUGUCGAAGAAGUGGCUGGCGGAAACAACAACACAAUAAUAGACCUCACCACCACCAACAACAACAAUAGCAAUAGCAACAAUAUUGAUACUAAUUAUUCUAAUAACAACAAUGACAACAAUGGAUUUGAUGUGGAAUCAGAACGUGCAUUCUCUCUUUGGGCACCAAUCUUGCUCGGCUUAAUGGAUGGCUUUGGAGCUUACCGCCCCCCUCUUGCUUCUCUCCCGGCCCCCCCUCGAACCAACAAUGUAGCAACCGCGGACAAUGAAGAGGACCACGAAUUAAACCAUCAACAACGACUCGAUAGGGAGUUCGAGACCUUACUCCGGAGGAGGAGGACGAGAAGCACGGUCUCGUUCCUUCGACUGCUCCACGAUAUUCGUGCCAGGGCCGAAACCACCCUCGCCCAACAUCACCACCACCACCUCCAUCGUCAUAAUCAAGAGAACAACGACGACGAUGAUGAGUAUGGUCGUAGCAGCAGGAACAGCAGUCGUAAUCUGAUCCUGGUCGAUCCAUUCAACGAAGGUGCUCUGAUCCUCCAUGGCCCACCUGAUUAUUCGUCAACUCGACCUGACAACAACAUUGCUCCCACUCCAACUACUACUACUACCGUGACUCGCUCUUUCGCGGACUACCUCGUAGGCCCCGGAUUGGACUUGUUGCUCCAACACUUGGCCGAGAACGAUCCCAACCGGUAUGGAACCCCUCCUGCUCAGAAAGAGGCCGUCAAUGCAAUGCCAACCGUGACCAUUGGCGAGAACAAUUCGCAGUGUGCGGUCUGCCUCGAGGAUUUCGAGCUCGGAGCUGAAGCGAAAGAGAUGCCUUGCAAGCACAAGUUCCACGAGGGUUGCAUCCAUCCUUGGCUGGAGCUCCACAGCUCUUGUCCUGUUUGCAGGUUCCAAAUGCCCACUACUGACGACGACGAUGGUUCCAAGAUGGAGCCAAAUGGUUCAAAUGAUGGUGGUGGUGCUAGUUUUAGUUUCGGGGGAGGAGAACAAGUUGGGAGUCCAAACGAGAGGAGGCAUCGAUUUCCAUUGUUCCCAUUCGACGCUUCACUUCCGUUCUUGAGGUCAAGAAGUGGUGUUGGGAAUUAUGUUCCAGGCGCUUCUUCAUCAUCGACGUCGUCAUCUUCUACUAGUAGUAAUACUAAUACUAGUGUGGUUGUGCCUCUAUUGGGAGAUUCUUCUAAUUCUCAUGAUGAAACCCGAGGACACGAGCAGCCUUGA